AUGGGUGAUUUGCCAGAGGCGCGUAUUACCGAAUCGCGGCCGUUCAGGAACGUCGGAAUCGACUACUGCGGCCCAUUCUACAUCAAGGAGAGGAGGGACCGCAACCGACGUAAAAUCAAGACGUACGCCGCCAUAUUCGUUUGUCUGGCGACAAAGGCGGUCCACAUAGAGUUAGUCAGCGACCUAACCACCGACGCCUUCUUGGCCGCGCUACGCCGUUUCAUCUCGCGGCGAGGAUACUGCGCAACGAUCCUCACCGACAACGGCACCAAUUUCGUCGGGGCUAAUCGGGAGCUGCAAGAACUCCGGACCCUAUUGCAGUCCGACGACCACCAGGAUAGGGUACAGAAUUUUCUCGCCGACCGACAAAUACAAUGGCGUUUUAAUCCUCCGAACUCACCACAUUUUGGCGGCUUAUGGGAAGCCGCAGUUAAAUCGUUCAAACGCCAUCUCAUCCGCGUGGUCGGCACGGAGCUCCUGACCUUUGAACACCUCAACACCCUUGUGAUCGAAAUUGAGGCCAUUCUCAAUUCACGCCCACUGACUCCCAUCUCAUCCGAUCCGAAAGAUCCCCCUGUCCUCACUCCCGGUCAUUUUCUAAUCGGUGAUACCCUAACCAGUUUACGGGAGCGUGAUUUCAGGACAGUUCCAUCAGGACGGCUAUCCAGUUGGCAGCGCAUUCACCAGAUUAAGCAGCACUUCUGGAGCCGAUGGUAUCGAGAAUACCUAAACGAGUUAACCCGCCGCAGCAAAUGGGACAAGGGCAAACACAACAUUCAUGAAGGCACCGUAGUAAUCCUCAGGGAGGACAACGUGCCCUCUAUGCAGUGGCCUUUGGGCCGCGUAAUCAAGGUCCAUCCAGGAGCCGACGGAAUCAUCCGGACCGCUACCGUGCAGACGGCAACAAGCAUCCUGGACCGCGGCGUCAAAAGACUGGUCCCCUUACCCAUCCACCCAGAUCCAGACGAGGCCGAACGCCCACACGGAGCGAAGGAGGUCACCAACGACACACCAGACUCCACAUCAGAAUUUGAUCGUAUACCAUGGAGAUUUUACAAAAGACAAACGAUCGGUUCCGAGAAGGAGUUCCCGUCCGGGUGGUUCGAGUCGAGUCACUUACCACCAUGUGGGUUCGUUUGGCUGGAUGGCCGAAGAUAA